UUGGGCGCUGGGCUCACGCGCCUCACGGAAGUGUGUCCUGGCUCACCGGAAGCCUCCGGAAAAGGACGAUGGCGGGUUUGACUGUGCGAGAUCCUGCGGUGGAUCGUUCUCUCCGUUCAGUGUUUGUGGGGAACAUUCCAUAUGAGGCUACUGAAGAGCAAUUAAAGGACAUCUUUUCUGAAGUUGGACCUGUUGUUAGCUUCAGGUUGGUAUAUGACAGGGAGACAGGAAAGCCAAAGGGAUACGGCUUCUGUGAAUACCAAGACCAAGAGACAGCUCUUAGUGCCAUGCGAAACCUGAAUGGGCGUGAGUUCAGUGGGAGAGCACUUCGAGUAGACAAUGCUGCCAGUGAAAAGAACAAAGAAGAGCUGAAGAGCCUUGGCACUGGUGCCCCUGUCAUUGAGUCACCUUAUGGAGAGACUAUCAGUCCUGAGGAUGCCCCUGAGUCCAUUAGCAAAGCAGUUGCCAGUCUUCCACCAGAGCAGAUGUUUGAGCUGAUGAAGCAAAUGAAGCUGUGUGUGCAGAAUAGUCCCCAGGAGGCACGGAACAUGUUGCUCCAAAAUCCUCAACUGGCUUAUGCUUUGCUACAAGCACAGGUAGUGAUGAGAAUUGUGGAUCCAGAGAUUGCUCUGAAAAUUCUGCAUCGCCAGACAAAUAUCCCAACAUUAAUUUCAGGCAACCCGCAGCCACUCCACAGCGCUGGGCCUACCGCAGGAUCCAGUGUGUCAAUGAACCAGCAGAAUCCUCAGGCACCUCAGCCCCAGCCUUUGGGUGGAAUGCAUGUCAAUGGUGCACCUCCUUUGAUGCAAGCUUCUAUGCAGGCUGGAGUCCCAGCACCAGGACAGAUAUCAGCUUCUAUGACAGGCCCUGGCCCUGGUGUCUUAGCUCCUGGAGGAGGAAUGCAGGUCCAGGUUGGAAUGCCAGGAGGUGGACCAGUGCCCAUGGAGCGGGGACAAGGAAGCCUACAGCACUCGCCCGUGGGACCCGCCGGGCCUGCAUCAAUUGAGCGAGUUCAAGUACCAAUGCAAGACCCCAGAGCAACUAUGCAGCGUGGCCCCUUGCCUGCCAACGUCCCAACUCCUCGCGGUCUGUUAGGAGAUGCUCCCAAUGACCCACGUGGAGGCACUUUACUUUCUGUAACUGGAGAAGUAGAGCCUAGAGGUUACCUGGGACCACCUCAUCAGGGUCCACCCAUGCACCAUGUCCCUGGCCAUGAUGGCCGUGGCCCACCCCCACAUGAAAUGAGGGGAGGACCGUUAGCCGAGCCCAGACCUCUAAUGGCAGAGCCAAGAGGACCCAUGCUAGAUCAGAGGGGUCCACCCUUGGAUGGCAGAGGUGGAAGGGAUCCUAGAAGUAUAGAGGCACGAGCCAUGGAGGCACGAGCCAUGGAGGCACGAGCCAUGGAGGCAAGAGGAUUAGAAGCCCGUGCAAUGGAAGCCCGUGCAAUGGAGGCCCGUGCGAUGGAGGCCCGCGCAAUGGAGGCCCGCGCGAUGGAAGUCAGAGGGAUGGAGGCCCGAAGCAUGGAUACAAGGGGCCCUGUCCCUGUCCCUAGAGGCCCUAUACCUAGUGGAAUCCAGGGUCCCAAUCCAAUGAACAUGGGGGCAGUUGGCCCCCAGGGGUCCAGACAGGUCCCAGUCAUGCAGGGAGCAGGUAUGCAAGGAGCAGGCAUCCAGGGUGGAGGCCAGCCUGGUGCCUUUAGUCCUGGCCAGAACCAGGUCACCCCACAGGACCAUGAGAAGGCUGCUUUGAUCAUGCAGGUCCUUCAACUGACUGCAGACCAGAUCGCCAUGCUGCCUCCUGAGCAGAGGCAGAGUAUCCUGAUCUUAAAGGAACAAAUACAGAAAUCCACUGGAGCACCUUGAAAGGUUUUCAAAAAUACCUGGCAAAAAAUCUGGAAGUUAAUUCCAUAACUUGUUGAAAUGUUACAAAAAUAUGACUUCUACAUCCUAACCCUUGAAUGACUCAAAUUGGUGCCAGGUGGAGGACUCCCAUCACCUUCUCUCAGAACAAAACCAGUUCGUUCUGUUGUAUGAAUUUGUAUACUUUCUGUGACUUGAAAUAAACUUUGAACACAAUUUUAGUAUACUGCAAA